AUGCCCAAACGGAAGGCCAUUGAAGCGGACGCCGGAGCAAAAAAUACCGGGCUGAGGAGGUCGACGCGUCGGAAGUCUUCAGGGCCAGAUAACGCGACGACACAGGAAAAUCCGACAAAAGCACCACCAAAAGCUGAGAAGAAAACGUCGACAGCAAGAGAGAAAGGUGGAAAAGAAGAAAACGUGACGACGGAGAGGAAAACACCCAAAGCUAAGGCUACUACUUUCGAAGCUUCAAUCCCCCCCAAGGAGGCAGACGAUAUAAACACUCCGGAGAAGACAUAUUGGCUUCUGAAAGCCGAGCCUGAAACCCGGCUGGAGAACGGAACCGACGUCAAGUUUUCCAUCGACGACCUCGCCUCUCGAACGGAACCUGAACCCUGGGAUGGAAUCCGCAACUACGUCGCGCGCAAUAACCUCCGCGCCAUGAAGAAAGGAGACUUGGCGUUCUUCUACCACAGCAACUGCAAGGAACCCGGAAUCGUCGGUAUCAUGGAGAUAGUGCGCGAGCACUCGCCUGACCUGUCGGCACACGAUCCCAAGGCGCCGUACUACGAUGCUUCGUCAAAGGUAUCGGAUCCCAAGUGGAGCGUUGUGCAUGUUGAAUUUCGCGGCAAGUUCACGCAGCAGAUUGGGCUCAAGGAAUUGCGGGAGAUGGGAAAACCGGGAUCGCCUCUUCAGAAUAUGCAGAUGCUCAAGCAGAGUCGGUUGAGCGUCAGUAAGGUUACCGCCGCGGAAUGGAAAUAUUUACUCGGCGUGGUGGAGGAGCGAGGAGGGUUUAGCAAGGAGACGUAG